CCCCGGCUCUGGCACCCCUUCACCUCCAGCUGGGGGGAAAUGAGCUACCCUCCAGGAUUGGUGCGCGGCCAGAUCCUGCCCGGGGAGGGAGGGGUAGUGCCUGCGCACCGGCGCGGCUCUGGAGCCUCUCCAAGGCCAGCAGCAGGUUUGCUGAGACACCACCCUGCUGGGGAAUGCACCUGCCCGGGCCAGGGGUGAGGGCUCGCAGCCUAUCGCCGGUGCUGCCCGCGCCGCACCAGGAAGGGGAGCCGGCAGCAGUACCUGUUCCUUGGCAGGCGGUUGCUGGAGGAAGGGAAGAGAUCCCCGUGAGCUCCCUCGUUAGCUUGAUCCAGUGGAAGGAGAGCCAGGAAAAACCAUUACUGUCAGCCAGGAGCAGGGAACAGUGCCGGGCUGUGGUGUGUGGGCAGUGUCUGCUGCAGCAAAUAUUGUUUGACUGUCCCAGUUUCCAUGAUGCUCACAGAGUCCACAUAGUUGCCUAAAACCCUUCCAAGGCUGGAAGUGCUGCAGGAGCCUGUCCCACCCCCAGGCUGCCCCUCCUGAACAUUGUGGACAAAAGACACAGGAAAGGAAGGACGCAGCCCUGGUUCUUUCCUUAUGGUGCUGCUCUGGGGAUGCUCCACCAUGUCCUGCAGCCCUGCCCGGGGGGUGGGCUCAGCCCCAGCGUAUGGACCAUAGCUCUUCAGGCUGCACUGCUGCAGAAGGGAGCUCCACCAGGCUCUAAAGAAUGAGACAGAGUCAUCCCUGCUUGAGAAAUGCAGCUGCCUUCACAACCACUGCUGCCUUGACCCUCCACUUCACUGUAAGGGUGUAGAUUCACCUGUGCAACCACCCCGCUGUGCCCUCCGCACCCAGCUGCCCACCAUGCCGGAGCUGGCAGAGCUGAGCAGCCCCCGCACCCCCGCGGACGCGGGCCACAUUCAGAGGAACAUCCUGGAGGAGCAUGUGGAGCUCUGGUGGUUCCAGGACCCCAAGAAGUCCAUCCUGUGCUAUGGGAUGGCAGUGGUGCUGAUCCUGGCCUGCGGGAUCGGGGGCAUCAUCCUGCUGUAUAGCACUAGCAGCCGCUCUGGGGAGUGGCGGCUGGCUGUGGGCACCACGCUCUGCCUCCUGGCCCUGCUCGUGCUGCUGAAGCAGCUGCUGAGCUCUGCAAUACAGGACAUGAACUGCAUCCGCAGCCGGGAUCAGAUCGAGCUCCUGAAGAGUGGGGGCUUCUCGGACUGCCUGGUGCUGCUGCUCAGCGCCCUGGUGCUGGUGGUCUGCGGGGUCGUGCUCACCAUCCUCUCCACCACGACCAUGCAGCCGAGCCCCGCGCGGCCGCUGGCCAGCAUGUUCACCAGCGGGGUUGUCCUCCUGGCUGCUGGCAGUGCCAUCCUCCUCUGCCUGCUGCUCUACCUGCUCUGCACCUCCUGUCACCAGGCUGCUCCUCGGAGCCUGGAGACCGGCGAGAUCCGUGUCUUCACCAUCUCUGGCCGCCUCGCUGCAAACAGGCGGCUUCCUCCCACCUCCAGCAUGGCCAACCUGAUCUGACCCAGGACACCCCUGCGUGAGCCUCACUGGAUAUGACCCAUUGGCAGGGCUUGUGCCGGCCUUUCCCACAGGAAGGGCGAGCGUUGCGGUGUGCCUUGUGCUUCUUUCGGCGAUGACUGGCAUUUGCUUUGCCCCAGGCUGACGGCGCAGCAGAGACUUGGGGUGCCUGGUCGAGCUCUGUGACCUGGCGCCUUAGGAGCGCAGCACUGGCCUGGUUGGUGUUUUACCUCCACAAAGCCUCCUGCGACAGCGCCUGCCUGCCCAGCUGUGACCCCUGUCAGAGUUAAGGUGAGCCUGUCCUGUACCCCUGGGGAUCCCAGUACUUGCUUAGUUCCUGCAGCUCCCGGAGCUGUGUCGUGCACUCUCCUGGCAAGAGAAGCUGUAAUUGCAGGUGGUAUAAAACCACCCCGUGCUCUGUGCAGAGCUGCCAACUCCUGAGCGAAGUAGAGCCUCUAGCAGCUGAUGAAUGGCAGGAAGCAUUCUGCCUGCCAGCAGACAGGCAGUGCAAGCAACGGGAGCUUGGUGGGAGGUACGGCUGCAGGGGCUGCUCCGGAGAAAGCACCUGUGUGUCUGUGGGAUUUGCAUGGGAUUCUGUGUGCCAGAGCCCCAGCAUGGCUGGACCUCACGUGAAAUGCCACUGGUGUUUGCCACGCCAGGAUCUUUUCCAAUAUUGCAUUUCUGCAGCCCACCACCUUCUGUGGUUUACCAAAGCGGUGAUCAAAGGGUGUUGGUAUCAAGCCCCUGACAGGUUAUCGGUGCUGGACUGUGUGCUGGGGCUCUGUUGUCAUGCCAGUGUGCUCCAGUCACACGAGUCACAAACACCAAGGUGCAGUGGCAGGGGGGAUGGUGACGGGAUGCCCGAAUCCCGGGGCCGGUGCUGCCGCUCUGCAGGGGCGGUGCGAGGGGGCAGCGCUGCCGCCCUCCCAGAGCAGUACCCCAGGCAGGGGCACCCCCACUGCCACGGGAGCUCACCCCAGUCCCUGCCUGCUCCCACGAGUUUUCUGUCUCUCAAGUGCUGCAGCUGGUGUGGGGCAGAAAAGGUCUUCUCCUACCACUUGGGCCUUACCUGGAGCUUUUUUGAUGUUUUAUCUCUACAAGGUGUCUAUCACUGAGGUGUCUUUCCCAGAGGCAGACUAACAACUUGCCUCCGGGAGCUUUUCCUGUGACUUGAGGCUAAUUUACCUGUCAAAAUUCUCAUCUCCUCCCAUGAGCGAUUUCACUGACCUUUCCAUAGACACUGAUCCUUACCUCCUAGCAAAGCUGCACCUGUGCACCCUGCUCUUCCUCUUCAUCUUGCUGUCUGCUCCCAUCUCCUCCUCACCUGAGCUGCUCUGCCCCAGCUGUUAUUUUUGCUCAUGAUUAGCUAAAUUCCCUCUGUAAUGGAGCUAUUGUUUUUUGGUGCCUGGUAGCAAAUUUAUUUCGAAGAGGAUGGUAGCUCAUGUUGCUCAUUCCCUUAGUAACAGCACCAAUCAAUCACUGUCCGUGUUGCACCUGGAGGCAGUGUCAGAGUUCAGCAUCAGUGAACCCCACCAGUUACACGCUGGACAAUGAGGUCUUCAUCCCAUUGCAGCUCCAGACCACACCAUCUCCGAUGCACUCAGAUAGCAUGAGGGCAUUUCUGUAUUCGUCCGCUCUUGCCCGGCUCCUGCUGGCUUUCCUUCCACCAAAGCCCUGGAUUGUCUUCCUCAAAGUAGAGGAACAUCAUUUUGGCUUUUUUUUCUGGAUGUCUGAUAUUUCUACAUUUUCCUCUGCCACUUUCACAUCACCCAUAGAUUUUCUUAAACUGCUCUUUCCUCCUCUCUCUGCACCACUUCCCUUAAUCUGCCCAAGAGUUCAUAAAGUGUUACUAAGCUCAGGUCCUUCUGUGCUAAAUCCUCUGCAAAGCAAAGAGCUGUCCUUCCCCUCUGGGCUGUUUCACCCCAGGUCCAGCAGGGACCCCUGUGUGUGCACAGGGAGGGACAGGCCAGAGCUGCACAAUUUUGCACCAUCACUGUUGCUGCUGUCCCGCAUGUCGGUGUCAGUGCAUGUGCAGUUAAGCCAAGCUGCGCUGCCUCUACCUGCAUCAGUGCUUUAGCAGUUACGCCCAGCUCCCCCAGCCUGCAUGUGUGGACAGGCCACAGCUGCCUGCACACCAGCUGUUUUGCACAUCUGGGCAUUUCUGUGAAGGUGUGUGACUGUGCCCAGCUCGCAGCUCCGUGCUGCCUGCAUGCCAAUGUGAAUCAUCCCCUCCGUAGCCCCUUCAAAAUGUGCCCAAAGUGCCCACAAGUUGUGCCAGAAGAGGAUGCUCGUGGGGCGUGUCAGCAACCCAGGGAAAUAAUGGCUGAGAACAGGCUGUCCCCAGAGAUGGCGGUUUGGGUGUCCAGCUGCUCAGACCAACAGCCGGUGCUGCCCCAGUCACUGACUCACCCCUGCAGCAGCGGUACUGGCUUGUUCCUUUCUUGAUUCCUGUGUUGUGUGUGGAAACACAUAAUAAAGUGUUACAGAAG